UUGGCCACUCUCCAUGCUCCCCACUCCAAAAGCGAGGUGAGAAUUGACGUUGGAGGCUUGGACGCUGGUGGUUUGUUCGCCCCUCGGCCCCGCCGUUUCCGCAGCACACGAAGAAAGUAUGACGAUAACAACACUGGAAGGAAGCAGAGAGGGGAACAGACGAACGGAAAAUUCACCCAACCUCUCCCUUGCAUCUGGACGAGCACCUCUGCUCCUAUCAUUUUCGUGUCGACGAGACGGACACACAAUGGACGCCCAAGGGUCUGGGGACUGCCCUUUUUUGAAACACGGCCAUUCUAGCGCCGUAAGCAACUCCCAAGGACCGACGGCAUCCAUGGGUUCGUAUACGCACACGACUUGUUUAUCACGACAACAGGUAUGGCAGAGGGCCAGAGCUGCACCCAGAGAUCGGAUCCUAGCAAAUCCACCAAGAUCGCGGGAGCCUCAGAAGGACCCCAGUCCACCGCGUCUCUUUGGAGAUCACUGCAAGUUAGCCGGCCGCGGGGCUGUUUCGCCUUGCCAGACCCCUGUUGGUACCUCUUCCUUUUUUGGAUCAUGUUUCACCAACAAGUGGCUUUCGUCUCUUCCUCUGGCUUUCUUCUGCUGCUUGUUUUGGGUCCUGUUUGUCUCUAAACGAUGGGCCGGAUCUAACAUGGUCAUGUCCCCAUCCCACCAACGCCAAGUCGUUGUUCUCCCUCCAACCCUCAGUCUUGACCAAGUGGAAUACGGAGUGACCUCUCGGAAAAUUCUGUGGCAAUGCCGUCACAAGUGGUGAAUGGUAUCCAAGAAACAUCUGAGACACUGCUUUUGGGUGCGGUAGCUUUGGAGGCACGCCACUGGUGGGCGAGCCCUCAUGGUGUGUAGCCUGAAGUAGCGCCGCCAUCCGCUACAUCAUC